UAAGCUUCGCUAGCGAACCAUUAAUAAAAUCCAAAAAAGACAAAAAACAAAAAAAUGGAAGGUUGAAAAUACCUAAAGAGUACAUAAGCAAAGGUCAAAUUUUCGCGCUUGCGCUGAAGUUAAAUUCUACACCUAUUAUAUGUUAAGUCGUUGAAUAUUUCGUCUAUUCGCGUUGUCCAGCUAACUUAUAAACGUCUCGAGAAUUAUACGAGUGGGUGUGUGUGUGUAUGUGUAUGUGUAUGUGUGUUCUCAAUAUUAUUACAAAUAUUUACUUUUUUAUUAUUCAUAUAUGUUAGUGUAUCGUGGAUGAGUAGAUAGAUGAAAUAGAUAGUUAUCUAUCUUAUAGUUACGACAAACGUGUAUAUAAAUUCUAACCUUUGUGUGUGUAGUGUGUGUGUGUGUAAGUGCGUUUUAAAUUUAUCUCUAUCGUUUGUGGGAUAUUCUUCGAUCUAUUUAAGAAAUUGCUUCAUAAUGGGAGUACAAAAUGAACAACAGUCAAAUGACAUACAGCUAGAACAAACUACGACUCCCACUGAAUUGACUCCCACGCCAAAGUCCUCAACUACGGAUAAGGAUUUGGGUCUCAAUGGCCGAUUAAUUUUUGCGAUCGCUGCAGCUGUGUUGGGAUCAUCGUUUCAACAUGGAUACAAUACUGGUGUGGUUAAUGCUCCUCAAGAGCUUAUUGAAAAUUGGAUUAGCGACAUCAAAAUGAAUCGGACUGGAGUACCGACUAAUCAAUCGGAAGUAACGGUGAUCUGGUCGAUAGCAGUAUCGAUAUUUUGCGUUGGUGGUAUGAUAGGUGGUUCAUUGGUAGGUUUUAUCGCUGAUCGAUUUGGCAGAAAAGGAGGUUUAUUAUUGAACAACGUACUCGUCCUAUUGACCGUCCUACUCGAAGGAUUCGCUAAAAUGGCUAGAAGUUACGAGAUGAUAAUCAUCGGACGAUUGUUGAUUGGUAUAAAUUCUGGAUUGAACGCUGGAUUGGCACCAAUGUACCUGUCCGAAAUAUCACCUAUUAAUUUGAGAGGAGCUGUCGGAACGGUUUAUCAACUUGUCAUCACAAUUUCAAUCCUAAUAUCGCAAAUUCUUGGAUUGGAAAAAUUAAUGGGAACGGAAAAUCACUGGCCUUUGUUGCUUUGUUUGACCGUAGUACCAGCAUUGUUCCAAGUUAUUACCCUACCACUCUGUCCAGAAACACCAAAAUAUUUGUUGAUCAACAAAGGAAAAGAUAUGGAUGCGCAAAGAGCUUUGACUUGGUUACGCGGUACCAUCGAAGUUCACGACGAGAUGGAAGAGAUGCGAGCGGAAUACGAAUCGAUGAAACUCGUACCAAAAGUCACGCUUAAGGAACUCUUCGUAAAUUCAGCUCUUAGAAUACCUUUAAUGAUAGCUGUCAUGGUCAUGCUUGCACAACAAUUUUCUGGCAUCAAUGCCGUUAUGUUUUUCUCAACGAAAAUCUUCAUGACGGCACAACUCGAUAAGACUUCUGCUCAGAACGCUACAAUGGGAGUUGGUGCUAUGAAUGUUCUCAUGACUCUUAUUUCAUUGAUCUUGGUUGAAAAAGCUGGUAGAAAAACGUUACUUCUUGUUGGCUUCUCCGGCAUGUUCUUGGACACGGUUUUGUUAACCGUUUGUCUUGCAUUUUCUGAGGCAUCACGCGUCGCUGCUUAUUUCUCCGUGCUACUGGUCAUUUUGUUCGUGGUAUUGUUCGCAACAGGUCCCGGAAGCAUUCCUUGGUUUUUGGUAUCUGAAUUGUUUAAUCAAUCUGCACGACCAGCGGCUACCUCCAUAGCCAUUGCUGUUAAUUGGACAGCCAACUUUGUUGUCAGUAUUGGAUUCCUUCCUCUUCAAGAAGCACUAGGUGCUUACGUGUUUAUCGUUUUUGCCGCGUUACAAGGACUCUUUGCCUUCUUCAUUUAUAAGAAAGUACCAGAAACGAAGAAUAAGACAAUAGAGGAAAUUACUAGUAUGUUUAGGCAAAUAUCCUAUCAGUGAGAAUAGAUUAGAAUUAGAUAGAGAUUCAUAAAGUGAACAAAAAUUUGGAUUUGCCGAACUAACGCAGAAGUGUGCAUCUUACAUGAGAAGACAUGCGUCUGACAGAUUAGUUAUGUUGCGUUAAUUGUAUACAUCAUUUUCAUGCUUUCAUUGGAUUCUUCAUUUAUUUCAUCCAACAAUUUCUACAAAUGUUUAAACAAAGACGUGAGAAAAAAAAAAGAUAGGUUUGAUCAAAAUUGUACAUACCACUUGAUGAUACACGAUAGUUAACGAAACGAUAAAAAUCGCAUAUCGUUUCAUAGAAAAUAAUUUGUUUUAGAUGUACAAUUUUUUUAACUGACAAUAUAUUAUCCGUUUUAUACAUGUCAUAUAUAAAAAAA